CUGAAGAUAAAUUGUCUCAAUCGAUCGAUAGGAAGGUCUUCAACGGGAAAAUGGUGGAGAAGUUCAAACCGAAUAGUAGAGGUGUGAGAAUAAGUAACAGCGAGUUGAAGGAAGGUGAACCAAUUCCAAAAAUUAAGAAACUGAGGGCAACUUGUAUUGAAUGGCUUGGUGGUUCUUUCCGAAUUGAUAAUGAUACUGAUC